CUAAUCAAAAUAAAAUGUACAUUUCAAACUGAAAAGUAGAACCAGCUUGACAUUAACAAGUUCACGAAAGUAAUAUAAAGUUUUGAUUUGUUAAGUAAACAUUUGUUAGAUAUGAGUACUUAUCGGCCUCCGCAUAAAAGAAGGGGGCAAUCUAGAGAAGGAUCUAAACGAAAUAAUACUGAAGAUCCAAGAGACGAUUCAAAUAAAGGAGCUACACCAAAGCAGUCACGUUCACGAUAUGGUCAUGGUUGGAGAGAUAAAAAUGGUAGGGAUCAAUCAACUAAAAGAAGAUCAAAUGAUUCAGAAGAAAAUUCAAACGUAAAACGCAUACAGAAGGAAAGGGAGCCACGGUCCAAUUGGAGAAAUAAAAAUGAUGACGACAAAUCAAAACCGAAAAAAUCUAAUGAUUACAAUACAAAUUCGUACGAACCAAGACCAAAUAAACUAAAACGAAUGACUUUUACCCGAAUGGUACAGUUAUUGGAAGAAGAUCCAAACACAAUAUGUAUUGUAUUACAAAAUAAAGAUGAAGGAUUCUUAAUAUUAUUAGAACACGAUACAAACGUGAUCAAAGAUGAUUGGGUUAUCUUAAUUAUCAAAUUACUAGAGAAAGUAAUCUCUAGCACCAUCGAUAUGAAACGAUUGAUAAUAAUUGAUGCUUGUCAUCACUUUAUACCAAUUUUAAUAAAAUAUUUACAAAAUUUACCAUUUCAAUCACCAUCAGAACGUGAUCUUAACAAACAUUAUUGGAAAAAUAUCCAUUCAUUUUGGACGGCAUUAAUUAAAUUUUGUAAUGAAAUUAUCAUGGUUAUACCGAAAACAGCUAUCGAUAAAAUACCAAAAUUAUUAGCAGUUAUGGAUAUGGUUGCAACCACAUUUGGUCAUAAACAAGAGACACGUUUAAAACAAGAUAUCAUCAACGGGAUUGAUCAAUUAAAUGAAAAAUUAGGAAUUUUAAUAUCAGAACGUGAGUCAAAAAUGAUUAACGGAGAGGAAAAUGAUAGUGACGAAGAAGAAAUGCCAUUUGGUGAUUAUAGAGAUAUCCCAAUUAUACCGGAACAACAUGAAUUAAUUGCUGUACGAAGUCCAGACAUUCGUGCAAAUAUUAUUAAUGGCAAAUAUGUUAGUGUCUAUCAUUAUUUAGACGUACAAUUUCGUUUAUUACGUGAAGAUUUUGUAGCACCUUUACGCAAUGGCAUUAAAAAUUAUUUAUCACCUGAUCCAAAUAAUAAAAAAAGAUAUGAUAGUAUACGAAUUUACAAGAAUGUACAAAUUAUUGGAACAACCAUAACAAAACAACAGCAAUUUUGUUUUGUUGUUAAACUGAAUUUAGCGAAACGGCAAUUAGAACGUUUAGAACAUUCGAAACGUUUAAUGCAUGGAGCGUUGUUAAUAUUUACAAAUGAUUCAUUUCAAACAAUUAUUGUGGGUACAAUGUUUCAAAAAGAUGAAAAAACUUUGAAGAAUAGUGAAAUACUUGUUGAUAUACCAAUGGAUUCCAUUGAUUUGGAAAAAUGUUUUAAUCUUGAUUAUAUAAUGGUUGAAUCAGAAAUAUAUUUUGAACCAUACAGACAUAUAUUAAAAACAUUACAACAAAUGACUGAACACUCAUUCCCAAUGACAAACUAUAUUUUAAAAGCUGACGUUACCAGUAAACCACCUGCGUAUUUAACUGAAGAGACUUCAGUGAAAAUCAAAGAAAAUUUUUAUAAUAUAUUAGAUGAAAGAUAUUGGAGGAUACUUUCACCUGAAAAGUUAAAAUAUGAUAUCACUCAAUAUGAUGCGUUUAAAGCAGCUCUAACAAAAGAAUUUUGUGUAAUACAAGGACCACCUGGUACUGGUAAAACAUUUAUUGGAUUAGAAAUCAUUGAAACAUUACUGGUUAACAAUCAUUUAUGGUAUAAAGAAGGAGAUAAAAAAAUUGGACCAAUUUUGGUUGUAUGCUACACGAAUCACGCAUUGGAUCAAUUUUUAGAAGGUGUUUUAAAAGUAACCAAUUGUGUAGCACGUAUUGGAGGUCAAUCAAAAAAUGAGAAAUUAAAUGAAUUUAAUAUUAGAGAAUUACGUAAAACUGUUGCUAGAAAACAUGAUUAUAAACGUGCAGCUGUUACUCUACAAUUCCAGUUAAAUGAUAUUCAAAAAGAAAUACAUCAGUUACGUUCAAAGCUGGAGAUUAUUUAUUCUAAAGAGCCAGUUUUAUUGGACGUUAGAUCUGAAUUAGCAAGACGGAACAUUCAUUUUAAUUCUAAAGAUAAAUUUGUAAAAUGGUUAUUAACUAGAACAAAUUAUAAUGAAAUUCGAAUGGAAGAACUCCAAUUUCUCGGAAUAAUGAAUGGUAUUGAUAAUAUUGAGAUAGAAAAUUACGAAGACGAUAAUAAUAUACCUAUUGAUAAUUACGACCUCUUGAACGAUGAUGAUUUUGAUGACAUUGGAGUUAUUAAAAGCUUAAAUGACGAUAAAGAAAAAUUACAACAAUUAGUGACAAAUUACAAUUAUUUAACAGCGGAAGGAGAUCUGGACAACAUGCAAGAAAUUUUAAGAGUUCAGAUACAAAUUCAACAAUAUGAAACUAAUGUGAAUUAUUUAGAGUUUCGUUUUAAUCAAAAUGUCAAUCAAUUACCAGCGCCUCCACAAUAUGUUAGAAAUCCAGAAUUCCUAAAUCCAAAUCAACGUUGGGCUUUAUAUUGGGAUUGUUUGUCAACUAUUCCACAGAGACUAAUACGUCGUAUAAAAGAAUUACAAAUUCAUUAUAACAGCAAACUCAACGAUUACAGCACAGUACAACAAAUGGAAGAUUUAAUAGUACUACGAGACUGUCUGGUAGUAGGGAUGACUACGACUGGUGCAGCCAAAUUUCGUACAGUCUUAGAGGGGCUUAAAUCGCCAAUUGUUAUUGUCGAAGAGGCGGCAGAAGUUUUGGAAUCGCAUAUUGUUACUUCACUGACUCCUAACUGUAAACAUCUCAUUUUAAUUGGGGAUCAUAAGCAAUUACGUCCUUCCACAUCUGUGUAUCGCUUGGCCAAAGACUUUAAUUUGGAUAUAUCAUUAUUUGAGCGUAUGAUUAAAAAUGGAAUGCAUUGUGAAUCGUUGGGAGUUCAGCAUCGCAUGCGCCCAGAAUUUGCACAAUUAAUUGUACCCAGUAUUUAUCCGAAUUUACAAAAUCAUCAUUCAGUUCAUGCAUAUCCAAACAUAAUAGGAAUGAAAAAAAAUUUAUUUUUUAUCAAACAUACAUACUUUGAAGAAACAGUUGUGGAUAUUGACAGUAAACAAAAUAAUCACGAAGCUGAGUUCAUACUUCAGUUGUGUCGACAUUUAAUUUUACAAGGGUACGAUGCCGAAGAUAUAACAGUUCUAACAACUUACAAUGGACAAAUGUUUUAUAUGAAAAAAUUGCAAAAGAAUAUUCCCACAAUUAAAGAUGUACGGAUUACUGUAGUGGAUAAUUUUCAAGGAGAAGAAAGUAAUAUUAUAUUACUUUCAUUAGUACGAAGUAAUGAAGAAAGUAAAAUAGGAUUUUUGGCGACUGAAAAUCGUAUUUGUGUUGCAUUAUCACGAGCAAAGCAUGGAUUUUACAUUAUUGGCAAUAUGGAUCAACUAGCAAGCAAUGACAAGUCUAAGUGGCCAGAAAUUAACACCGUACUUGAACAAAAUAAAAGUAUUGGAACUGAUUUGGUACUUCAAUGUAAAAUUCAUAAGGAUCAAGAAACUUCCGUUAAUUGCGCAGAAGAUUUUAAACGUAAGUGUCCUGAAGGAGGCUGUUCAUUGGCUUGCAAUUUAAUAAUGCCCUGUGGACAUAACUGUGCAAGUAUGUGUCAUGUCCAAGAUCGUGAUCAUACUGAAACUAAAUGCUUAAGGCCUUGCUCGAGGAUAAUUUGUGAACGAGAUCAUCAGUGUCCAGAUUUAUGCUUCAAAAAAUGUAAUCCAUGUAUGAAAAAUGUUGAACAUAUCUUACCAUGUUCACACAAAGCUACGUUACCUUGUCACAUGGACCCACUUCAGCAUAAAUGUCAAGAAAUUAUUACUGUGAAAUUAGAAUGUGAACAUGAGAAUAAAAUACGUUGUUCAGAUGAUCCAAAAACAGCAAUAUGUUCACAUCCAUGUGCAACUCGCUUGGAUUGUGGACACACAUGUGUGAAACGAUGUCACAUUAACAACGAUCCUGAUCAUGAAAAGUACGAAUGUCGAAAACCAUGUGAGCAAUUGAUGGUGAAUUGUUCUGUGAAUCAUAAAUGUGAUAAACAAUGUUAUGAAGAAUGUAAUUUAUGUAAUGUAAUUGUUGAGAAGAAGCAUAACACAUGUGAACAUUCACAAAGAGUAAAAUGCUACCAAAAAAUUGAUGACGUUUCAUGUGAAAAGAAAUGUACAAGAAAAAUGAGUUGCGGACAUCUAUGUGUCAAUUUAUGUGGUGAAUCAUGCGACCAAACUAAAUGCAAAGUUCAAGUUCAAAAAGUUAUACCUCUAUGUGGACAUGCAAUAAAAGUAGAAUGUGGAAAACCACCUGAAAGGAUAUACUGUAAACGAAAAUGUCCAUUGAAAAUGCCAUGUGGACAUGCUUGUAAUAAUCGUUGCGAUAAGUGUGCUAGGCAAGGUUGUUCUACAUCCAGAUGUACAACAAAGGUGGAGCAUUCUUUUGUUGCUGAUUGUAAUCACAAAUUUAAGAUUCCAUGUUAUAAAGCUAACAUGACAGGUUGGAAAAGUUAUUCACAAGAUUUACUGAAACAUUGUGAUCAGCCAUGCAGCCAUCAAUUGGAAUGCAAACAUACGUGUAGUGGAACGUGUGGUGAAUGUUAUCAAGGUCGCUUACACCAACCAUGCAAUUCCAAAUGUGGCUUAACAUUAGUUUGUGGCCAUCUGUGUCAAUCUCCAUGUAGAGAAAAUUGCCCACCAUGUAUGGCAAAGUGCCAAUUUCGUUGCAGACACAGCCAAUGUAGAAAACUAUGUGGAGAACCUUGCACUUCGUGUAAAGAGCCAUGUCCAUGGCGUUGUGAACAUUUUGAAUGCACAAAUAAAUGUGGUGAAAUUUGUAAUCGAGAAGCUUGUAAUGAACCUUGUUUGAAAUUAUUAAAAUGUGACCAUCAAUGUAUUGGUUUAUGUGGUGAAAUAUGUCCAGAUGUAUGUCGUGUUUGUGAUCCAAAAAAUGAAAUAUUUGUUAUCAUGUUUGGAAAUGAAGAUGAAGAUACUUCAAGGUUUAUAAAAUUGGAAGAUUGUGGUCAUAUUUUUGAAGUUGAUGGUUUGGAACAAUAUUUCAAAAUAUCAAACGAAGGCAAUGAUCACACAUCUAUUGAUGUAUUAAAAUGCCCCCGAUGUCGCCAACCAGUCAUUCAAACUUUACGAUAUUCAACAUUAAUUAAAGAAAAAUUUGUGGAUAUUACAAAUAUUAAAAAACGAAUUUUUGGUGAACGAAAAAAUAAUAUGGAAAAUGCAUUUACUUUACGUAAUAUUAGAAUCCCACAAAUUCAGGCCAGAGAUAAUAAGAGAAUAUUAUUUAGAUGUGGUUUAACAAAUAUUUUACAAAAUAUAAUAGCUCACUUACAACCAAUCUAUGAGAAACGUAAACGUUAUAAAACCGUUAGAGUGACGGCUAUGCAAUUGUCAUUAUUUGAUUCACAAAUUGGUAUUAUUGAAUUAAUUCUGAAUCAUCUUCUUGAAAUACAUAAACUGAGUAAUGCAGAUGCAGAUGACAAAACUGAAAUAUUUACAGUGGCCAUUGAACACGCCACUUUAAUUGCAACCGUUUUAGAAAAACAAUAUAAUAAAUUAAAUCAACAACAAACAAAUGAUUUGAUGGUAGAAACAAAACGUUUGACACGUAUUCAAGAACUAGCCAAAUUAUUAUCAAGUGACGAAUAUAGAACAAAUCUUUAUAAUUCGCUAAUUAUUGGACAAAAGAAGAAAGUUUUCGAUAGUAUUUUGUCAUCUAAAAAGUUUACAUUGGAAUAUGAUUAUUUAGUUAAACAAAAUUUAUUAGAAUUUGAAAAACUAUUAGAACGACAUGGAGGUGUUACCGAUGAGGUUAAGCAAGAAGUUGUACGUGCUUUACAAAUUGCUGAUGGAGUACGACAAGGCGCGUGGUAUAAGUGUCCAAAUGGACAUUAUUAUGCAAUUGGAGAGUGUGGUGGGGCAAUGCAACGUGGUAGAUGUAUAGAAUGUAAAGCGGAAGUUGGUGGUUCAAGUCAUAGAAUUUUACCUACAAAUAGACAUGCUUCUGAAAUGGAUGGCGGCCGUCAAAUAUGGCCAGGACCCUGAUCAAUUUGUAUAUGCUUUAUUAAGUUUUCAUAAAUUUUAAUUAUGUUAUGAUGUUUUUUUUAAAUACAGGGUGGGACAGAGAAGUGUGCGAUUUUAAAAACGCUUUAAAACCAAUUCUAUCAAUUUUUUAUCAUCUUAACAAUUUUAAAUUUUAUUCAUCAAUUAAUUACUCUUUUAUACGUCUUUUGUGGAAAAUUCAUAUCUCUGUACAGUUUAUGAGAACUUAACUAUCAAAGUUAGUUAGUAUCACAUGUUAUCUUAUAGUAAUAACACUAAGAAU